UUCCCGGCUGGCGGCAGCGGCGGCGGUGCGGACCGGCCGGACCCUCCGCGCGCUCGGGGCGCUGCCGGCCGUCGGCUGCGGAGGGAAGGAGGCGGCAGCCCCGGGCGAGUGCGGGGACCGACGGGAGGCGGCGCCGGAGAAGGCGCCGCGCGUCCCGGGAGGGCCAUGGAGGCGCCGGCCGAAGACACGCCGCAGCGGAGCGGCGCGGGCGCCGAGCAGCCCCGCGAUGGCCCUUCCCGGGCCGCGCUGAGCUGGGGCGCGGGGCCCACGCCCCCCGGGGCCGGGAGCGGAGCCCGCAGCGCGGGCGGCGCGGGCGGCUGCAGCUUCAGGCGGGUGGCGAUCCGGCGGCGCGCCCAAGCGUCCUACCUGCCGGGCGGGACCCCCAGGCCCUGGAGUCGGCCCCCGUCGCCCCUGGGACGGGCCCGGGCAGCGGCGGACGCCCCGGGCAGCAGUACCUGUCCAAAGGUCACUUUUGUCCCGCCUUGUUUGACAAGCAGCACAACCACACUGCUUGAUGAGAAUGUAUCUGAAGAAGAGGCUCAGGGAAUAAAUGGAAAUACUCCAGCAAAACGCGCGGCUGCCAAUCCGAAGCCACAAGUGCCUCCAAAGCCAUUACAUCUGCAGAAUUUACCUGCGUCCAAUAUACACCAAACCCCCAGGUAUAAAGCUUUAUCUAGUGCAAAACCAAGGAUGGAGGAAGUUAAGCCUGACUCUGCUUCUUGUGUCUCAAAAGAAAAACCCAGUAAGGUAUCAGACCUCAUCAGUCGCUUUGAAGGAGGCAGCGCAUUAUCAAAUUACAGUGAUUUGAAGAAAGAGUGUGCUAUGAACCUGAAUGCUCCUUGGACCCCGGGAAGGCAUGGAUUGGUGACCACGCCUCAGCAGAAAACCCCCUCCCAGGGCCCCAACCAGAGGCAGGGAGAUGAGACGGAGCCGCAGGGUGUGCAGACGGGGGUGGCCAACGGUGUGACGGCGGCAGCGCAGAACCAGAUGGAAGACGAGGACGGUAACGCAGCCCCUUGGAGCCCAGAUACUCCUCCUGAAGGCUUGCUCAGCGCAGACUUAGUGAAUGGAGACAGAUCCGUGACUGCCCCCGGCCCUGCGUGGCCCGCAGCGAGCGACGGUGCUGGAAGCGCCGGGGACGGUAGCUGGAGGACUGCAGGUCCGGGCGCAGCACCCCCCCUGGAGGAAGGAGGGGCAGACACAGAAGCCAAGGCACAGGAGGGGGAAAACGGAGAAAGCCCUCUCGACCCGGACCAGCUGGACCAGCACCAGGAGCUGAAGGAGACUAAUGAGCAAAAACUUCACAAAAUAGCCAAUGAACUGUUGCUGACGGAAAGAGCCUAUGUCAGCCGACUUGACCUCUUAGAUCAGGUGUUUUAUUGCAAACUAUUAGAAGAAGCAAAUCGAGGGUCAUUUCCAGCAGAGAGUGUGAAUAAAAUAUUUUCUAAUAUUUCAUCAAUAAAUGCCUUCCAUAGUAAAUUCCUGUUGCCAGAGCUGGAGAAACGAAUGCAAGAAUGGGACACUACUCCUAGAAUUGGCGACAUCCUUCAGAAAUUGGCGCCGUUCCUUAAGAUGUAUGGAGAAUAUGUGAAGGGAUUUGAUAAUGCCAUGGAAUUGGUUAAAAACAUGACAGAGCGUAUUCCCCAGUUCAAAUCAGUAGUUGAAGAAAUUCAGAAACAGAAGGUCUGUGGGAGCCUGACUUUGCAGCAUCAUAUGCUCGAGCCUGUUCAGCGGAUUCCCCGGUAUGAGAUGCUCCUUAAAGAUUACCUAAGGAAACUUCCACCUGACGAUCCGGACUGGAAUGAUGCUAAAAAAUCACUUGAAAUUAUAUCUACAGCAGCGAGCCAUUCUAAUAGUGCAAUAAGAAAAAUGGAGAAACUAAAGAAACUCUUAGAGAUUUAUGAAAUGUUGGGAGAAGAAGAAGACAUAGUAAACCCUUCAAAUGAACUAAUAAAAGAAGGACAGAUCCUCAAACUAGCUGCUCGGAACACAUCAGCACAAGAACGCUACCUUUUCUUAUUCAACAACAUGUUGCUAUACUGUGUGCCGAGAUUCAGCUUGGUGGGCUCCAAGUUCACAGUUCGAACCAGGGUCGGCAUUGAUGGAAUGAAAAUCGUAGAGACUCACAAUGAGGAGUACCCACACACUUUCCAGGUGUCUGGGAAAGAGAGAACCCUGGAACUGCAAGCCAGUUCUGAGCAAGACAAAGAAGAAUGGAUCAAGGCCCUUCAAGAGACUAUUGAUGCUUUCCAUCAGAGGCACGAAACCUUCAGAAACGCAAUUGCAAAGGAUAACGACAUUCACUCAGAGGUUUCUACUGCCGAGCUAGGGAAAAGAGCCCCACGGUGGAUCCGAGAUAAUGAAGUAACGAUGUGUAUGAAAUGCAGGGAGUCCUUCAACGCGCUGACGAGGAGGCGACAUCACUGUCGAGCGUGUGGAUACGUGGUUUGUUGGAAGUGUUCCGAUUACAAAGCUCAACUUGAGUAUGAUGGUGGCAAAUUGAGCAAAGUUUGUAGAGACUGUUACCAAAUAAUAAGUGGAUUCACAGACAGUGAAGAAAAGAAAAGAAAAGGAAUUUUGGAGAUUGAAUCAGCAGAAGUGUCUGGGAACAGUGUGGUCUGCAGCUUUCUUCAGUAUACGGAGAAGUCAAAACCUUGGCAGAAAGCUUGGUGUGUGAUCCCCAAACAGGACCCCCUGGUGCUGUACAUGUACGGCGCCCCCCAGGACGUCAGAGCCCAGGCCACCGUCCCCCUCCUGGGCUACACUGUGAACAAUAUGCCGAGAAGCGCGGACCUGCCCCACAGCUUCAAACUGACCCAGUCCAAGUCUGUGCACAGCUUUGCCGCAGACAGUGAGGAGCUGAAACAGAAGUGGCUCAGAGUCAUCCUUUUAGCUGUCACAGGUGAGACGCCAGGUGGCCCUGCCAAGCACCCAGACGCCUUGGAUGACCAUUCUGAACCAAAAAAGUACGAACCCAAAAAAUCAGAAUGGUGAACCCCAAGACCAGCCAGUGUGUGUGUGUGGGGGGGAGUCUCAAGAUUUACAGCUCAAGACAUUCCCAGCUCUCCUUACUCAUCUCUUAGCACUUUAUGUUGAAAAAUACAGACUCAUAAAUGCAUCUUUUGGGGGUCCAUUUCCCCAUGUUUCUGUACUCUUACGGAAUGAAUGCGCAGAGCCAUCCUGCCGCUCAAAGUUGGAAAUAAUGUGAAAAAUGGAGCAGUUUGUAACGAGCUCUUCCUUGAUGGUGUCCUUUCUGUCUUGAAGAUAGUGGUGACAAUUGAUUCUGUCAUGAUCAGGUUAGGGUAGCCCACUUUCAUUUAAGAAAUCCUUUAAUGUCUUCUCUGUCACAUGCAGAACUUGUAAUGUUUGAAAGAUAUACCUCCAUGUUGCCAAAAUAGACCCAUGAUAAAAAAAAAUACAGGGACAGUUUAGGCUAUUGUAUUAACUUAUUUAAUUUAGUUCGUAAAACUCAAGCUGCAUAAAUAACAUGUGUUCCUUUAAAACAAAAGAUAAAGGGCAGAUUGUUGGUGUUCAAAUUUUUGACUUAUUAAAAAAAAAGAUAAUAGUUGUUUUUGUAGAAAUACUCCUAAGAAUAAAAUAUCUUAAGUAUAUAGCAAUUAUGUGUAUAUAGUAUUAAAUAUAAAUAUAUAUACAUAUAUAUAUAUAUAUACUAUACAUGCUUUUCUCUUCAGCUCUAGGUUCCUAUUUGUCUCUAUAAUUUAUUUUUUAAAUAUAAAGCAUGUUUCAUCUGGGAACUGAACAGUGUUCUAAACGUAAGAAAUGUUUUUGGUGAUUUAUGUUUAACUGAUUGACAUCUUAAGGGUAUUGAUAUUUUUAUAAUAAGAAAAAGCAGGAAUUUAUGUGGCAUGGGAUAUAUUAGUUCCAACAGUAUUUUUGAAGUACUAUUUUUUUGUUCUGUGCCUAUUUAAAACAGUGCCUCUCUUUGAAGGUGCUAAUAAUAACCUAUUUAAAUAUAAGAUGAGGGUUUAAUUAUUGCUUCAGUCUUGAUUAUUAUGAGAUAAUAAUAUGCAUAUUCUGAGAUACAUGAGAUGGUCAAAGUCAUACAGGUUGUUUUAUCGUUCACAAUCCUGUAAUUAUUGCAGCGGUUAGUAUCAGCACAUAUAAAAAUUCCUACCAAAACCUGAACUGUAUGAAAUACCUGACCUUAUGCAGAACUGGGACAUAUGGAAACUACAUUUAUUGUAAUAUUUUACUUUUCCAUAAGACUGUUGAGUAUGACGAAAUGAGGACUAUAUAUAAUGAGCACUUCAGAUGACUGUGUGGGCCUUUCCUUUGCUAGAUCUGAAACAAAAUCACAUGUGAGACCUGUGUUUGAGGCAGUGGGCAGAUAUUGAAAGAAGUUUAUGCUCAACUGUUUAAACCACCUCAGUAAAGAAGAGGAGGGUAUGCAGUACUGAAAAGCAGUCUUCUCCUGGCAGGUUUGGGGAAGGUACAAGGUGAUUGAAGAGAGUCUGAGCUCUUCUCGCCCCUUUACCAUCUGAGGGAUUUCAAUAGACAAAAUACGAUUUCUUGCAUGAAGGUUGCCCUUCAGUGUGUUGGUAGUUGAGAUUAAAAUCCCACAUUAAGUUGGCUGUUUAAUUUAAUCCUUCUCUCAGAUGAGUUUUUUUUCCCCCACAUACCCUGUCAUGCCUCAAACAUUAUCAUUUCUCAGUAUGUCGGUCUCCCAGAAAUCCACAAGAAUGACCCCAUGAUCCUUGGCCUUUGAGGUUUACACCUUUGGUGUCAAAUGGAUUCACUCAGAACUUGAGACUGUCCUGCUUUAUCAGGCCCUGUUGGUUGAAGAAAUAUUUGGAAUCUCCUUUUCCUUGCCCCCCAAGGAGCAGGUGUACUAACUAUGGCCGGCACCAGGCCUUCCUCUGUAAAAGGAAUAAUACCAGCCAUGAUCAUUAAUUAACAUUAAACCAAAUACUUGGAGCCAAAAAAGAGAUGAAGGAAGCUUCUUAGGCCCUAUUAAAUCAGAGACACACUAGAAGAAAUGUUUACGUUGCUCCUCUUUCCGAGUGGCUAGCUAGGUGUGUGCACCGCGCGUGUGUGUGCGCACGGAUGGCUGUGUAGGAGGCUAACUGUAGCCAUACAUGAUGCUCUGGUUUUCUUAACCUCAAGAAAAGAGGAGGAAUAAGAAUGUAGAACAGUUAUCAGGAGAAGAUGACUUUCGUACAUGUGGAUAGAACAAUGGGAAUGGAAGGGCCAGUAGAAGGUUUAUGGGCCAGAUUACUUCUGAAAACUCUAUCAGACCAGAAGACUCCACUUUCCACUGAGUUCUUUUCUUAGGGUGCAAGUAGCAUGGACACAAGUUUUGGCUCAGUACAUUACCAGUGUUAUUUAAUUUAGAUUAUUGAAAGAAUAUUUGGGUAGCGAGAAUAAAUAGUAUCAUGCUUUUAGCUUUUAUUAUCUUCAAAAAAAAAACUAGAAAUAUUAGCACCAGGAGAGAAUUUCUGGUUACCUAGUAACCAUCUUCACGUUCCACUCCUUGUUCUUUAGACAAACACAAAGGGAAGCAAUGAAACAGCCUUACCUGUUUCCCUCAAAGAACCACCAAUGCUCGUGCUUGGAGGAGGUUAAAGGAACACCCCUCGUCAUGUAGUGAGCCCUCAACUAAAUCAGAAGGCCUCAAGGGGUGAUGGGUCACAAGAAUUAUCUAUGUCUUCCAGUUGCUGAAAUAUCUGAUCAGUCAUGACAAACUGAACCUAAAAAACUAAUGGAUUGCCUUCUUUCUUUCUCAAACCGGCAUUCCAUAUGGGUCUUUCUCUUUACUUUUUCUAAUUUGGUGCUCCCCAAGUCAUCUUUAAAGUGCCCUUCCUCCAAACUUAAAAAGUACUUCUUUGAUAAAAGUUGCUAUUCAUUACAAAACGUUCCAGUUUUUUAAACUUAAAUGUCACUUCCAUUGAAAGUCUGCCAUUUGGUGUAUUAAGUACAAAACGUAGUGCAGACCAAUCUCCAGGUUUUAAGUGGGACUCAGCAAUGAAGGAUGCCACCAGCCACUUUUGUAAUAAUGGCAUCUACAGUGCCAUCAUGUAUGCAAGCAAUAAAACUCUUCAGGGUAUGUUUUUAUAUUGAAAAUUUUAAUAUGGAUGCCUGUAGCCGCAAGCAUGUAGAGAAUUAACCUCUCCAGAAGUGAUACUGUAAUUCAGAAUGCUGAGCAUAAGGUAGAGAAGGUAGGGGUGGAGGGAGGCAUUAUUCCUUGGAUUCAAAUAACUAUCAAAAGCAUUUUUACUUCUGAAAAGGGUAUGGAUGGUGAACCAACACAUCCACACUACUUGCCAGACUACGUUUAGUUUGCCACAAACUUUAAUACAGCAUGCAGGUUGGUGUACUCAUCUUCACUGGGUGACCUAAACCCAUUUUUUUUAAUACCCCGUUUUUAAAAAUUACCGAACUUUUUGCAAGAACCAACCUUCUCAGUGUACCCUGCUCCCAUAUAUAGGUGUACAUUUAGAUUAAAAAAAAAAUACUUGUUAUAGCCCUAAGUAUAUAAAAACUACAAACUUCACAGUAUUACAGGCUGUUGAAGAUCCGCUGAUGCCUUCUGAAAACCUUAUAACAAAAAUACGUCUGCGAGUUCACGAUUCUGUUUCUCUCGUCUACUUUGUGGAAACAGGGUUUGUUUUGUUUUGUUUUCCCUUCAAAUUUUGGAUCUCAUUUCUGGUUAUAUUCAAAGCCUUAAGUUCUUACUCUGAGCAUAUUGUCUGUGAUAACUGUAAUAAUGAUUUUCUGAACUGGAUAUAUCCGGAGCAAAGAGCACCGGUAGGGACAAAUGAACAUCUCGGGAACAAAGGUCUUUAUUGUCAUUGUUGCAGGUACCCUUGCUAUAAUGCUAUAAUAGAAGAUUAAUUAAAAUUCCCAGCAUCACAUGAUAUUUGUGUUAGUGGGUCUAAAAGUAAGCACAUGAUAUUUAUAAGCUAAAAUUAAAAGGCAAGAGGGCCUUAAUGUUUUUAUUCUCAAAUUUUGUAUUCUUGUAGCAUGUAUUCUUAGGGAAACUGUGCUAACCGGUUCUUAGGACUGGAUCGACAUCCAGAGUAGAUCAUUUUACUUCUUCAUUCUCAUCCAGUUUUAGUAGGAACAAAUGGCUUUUUAUUGUCAUAUUGCUGUCUACGGUAGAUUCUCCAGACUUAGAAAAUGUAAGAUAUAUGUAAAAACACUAUUGAUUUCCAAUUCUGUUUUUCCACAGGAAUGAAAUUUUUAAUAGAAACUGGUCUUUUUAACUAUUUUAAUAUAAGUGUACUUGGAUUUUUAGUAUAAUUCAUUCUGAUGGAUGCCCCAUGAUCAUACUGUCACGAGAAAAUAACUUUGCAUCCUUCAUUGAUACAGUUAAGAGGGAUAAGGUUGGGGACUGAAAUAGGCAAGAAUGAGCAGAAAGGCGAGGCAGACAGAAGGAUACCAGAGCUGGAGCAAUGUAAAGAGAAAAAUCCUUAAAUUGCAGAAGGAAUUUGAACUCUAAAAUAUAAAUCUGUAUCACUGAAUACCGGUAGGACCUGUUGCACCAGGCCUUUGCCUCGGCAUCUCAAUUAUUCCAUUGGUGUCUUGUCAUCCCUUCCUUUUCCUUGAUGCUUAAAAAAAAUUUUUUUUUUUCAUUCAGUUGGGCCAUUUUUUGCACUGUUUGCUGAGAUUUUUUUAAAAACCAUCAAAAGCCAAUCAUGGUCUUCUAACUUUUUGGACCGAGUAUUUGGCAAAAUGCCGUGUCUUUUCUGGUUUGAGAUGAAGUAGCACAGAGCUUCUCAAGAUAAUUCGUGACAUGUUCGAUCCCUGAGAGUUCCGUGAUGGCAUACCGCUUCCUAAAAUUUAUUCUGAUAGAUUUAGUGGGAAGUUAAAUCAAGAAGUAUAAUUGUAGCAUAUUUUAAGUGAAACCAAAUACAUAGAGUGAUAUAUAGAGGUUUGGGAAGAAGCGUCAUAGAGUAUCUGGGGACCAUUAUAACAGAAUUGCAUUAUAUAUUACACAUUAUGUGGGUGUUGGAAUGUAUCACUUUGGGGGAGGGCCUCCACGCAUUAGCAAUCAUGUCUGAAUAUAAAACAUUUUUUUAAAACCAAACUAGCAUUUCAUUUUGUGAAUGACAAUUGACUGAUAAUUUUGAAUAAGUGUUAUGUGGAUUUUUGAAUUGUUGACUGAUCAGUUUGAAAAGGUGUGUUAUCAGAAUUUUAGAGUUGACUCAAAUGUGAAAAAGCAUACACGAAAAGUAAUUUUUCUUUUCUAGCUAUAUGAAUGUAAAAUACUUUGCAUAUAGUGUAUAUAUUGUGUAACAUAUGUAUAUUUGGUCAAAGGCAUAGAAUUGGAAACUGUAAAAUUAAGCACUUUAAUUCCUAUUAAAUGUCAAGCAUUUGUAUCUUGUAAAUAAAUACAUCCUUAAAUGAAUUCUAAAGACUUAGAUGUUAUUUAAACUAGGAUUAUGUAUGUUUGGUUAUAGUGAUUUUUGUCUGUCAGAAAUUUUGGUUGGCUCAGGAAAAAAGUUACUCUCACCGGGACUGCUGCCCCUCCAGUCUCCGAUCUCCACCAGAACUUGUGGAAGUUGUUCAAGAGUGUGUGGCAGAAGCCAAGAGAAAGGGGUCUUCUCCCUGUGAAAACCCCAAGGCUAGAUCUCCAGGAACCCGUCAUAGCGCACCACACUGUUCCUGGGAAAUGACCGCCCUACUCCCGCCUUUAUGGGGUGCGCCUAUAGUGGUCGGCCUUACACAGUGACACAGACGUGCAAAUGGAAGUCAAAGAAAAUGUGCUUGCAUCUUAGUCCUGCUAUUUCCUGUUUUGUGUCUGUAGACAGUUUACCUCAAUCCCACUAAUAAACUCUCAUGAUCAUUCCCCAAAAAAAGACCCUCGGGGAGCAUAAAACGCUACACAAAUAGUAGUCCAUGGAACACUUCAUUGGAUUUUUCCCUUGGCUUUUGAUUUAAACAAUAAAAAGAUAUCCCAAAAAGAAA